GCCUCCGCGGGCACCAUGGGACCCGAGGCCGCCGCUGGAGCCCCAGAGGCGCAGGGACGCCGCUGCCACUGCCCCGGGGACGAUCCCAGGGGGCCCCCGCCGCUGCAUCGGCCGGAGAGUUCCAGCCCCGCUCCUUGGAGACCCUGGAUGCGGACACCCACAGAGGCUGAGCUGGCCAGAACCAGGAGUCCGCAUGAACCGGGGAGCGAGCAACAAACUCUGGGAUCGAAGGGAGCCUUUGGAUUUCAGCAUCCUGUAAGACUUUACUUACCCAUUUCAAAGCGUCAAGAAUACCUGCGAAGCUCUGGAGAAAGAGUGCUGGCCAGCUUCCCUGUGCAAGCCACCAUCCACUUCUACAACGAUGAGUCUGAAUCCGAGUCGGAUUCGGACGAGGAUGAGCAAGGGGAGGAAAUCCAGCCUUUGGAUCGUCAGUGCCAGGAGGUGGACAAUCUCCAGGAAAACAGCUCAGGGGCAGAGGGCAGAUCGGGCAGAUGA